GUUCCGCCCCGGUGUCCGGUUCUCUUUCGUGACGUCACUCGCUGGACUCUCGGCUGCGCGAGGAGAGGACAGGACGGGGUGGGGGGCGCGCGCACACACCGCGGCCAGCGGCGACUUUUUCCUCUAUAUUUUUAACUUUCUUCUCCCUAAAAACCUCCUCAUCGGCCCCGAAACACGCCGGGCGAGCGUCCCAGCGGCUGGAGAGCAGCGUCACCGACGGGACUGCGGGCGAUCGGCGCGCGCGGCCUCCGCUGGAAAGUUUCUCACCGGCGCUCGUGACAGCGGCUAAAGGACACCGGCGGGGAUCUCGCGCGGCUCCGGGAUUUAACGAGAGGGAGACUCGCCCGUCAGCCGCUCAAACAGUAGAGAAAAUCCGUGUAAAACUGUCAGAGUUUGUGUGUAAAUAUAAAUAGAGUGAAAGUCAGAAACGGAGAGUCGCAGCGCCCCCGCCCGCGUCCUCCGGUAACCUCACCGUGAAGAUCUCAUCCGGAUCUACGGUUCCCGGUGAAGCAUGGCCGCCUCAGUGAAGGUAGCAGUGAGAGUUCGGCCCUUCAGUUCCCGCGAAAACAACCGAGAUGCUAAAUGUGUCAUACAGAUGCAGGGAAACACCACCUGCAUCUGGAACCCCAAACAGCCCAAAGAAGCAGCCAAGAACUUCAGCUUUGACUAUUCCUACUGGUCUCACAGCACGGAGGACAACCCGGCGUUCGCGUCCCAGCGGCAGGUCUAUCUGGACAUCGGGGAGGAGAUGCUGCUUCACGCCUUCGAGGGCUACAACGUCUGUAUAUUCGCCUACGGUCAGACCGGAGCAGGAAAAUCCUACACCAUGAUGGGGAAACAAGAGCCUGGACAACAAGGCAUUAUCCCUCAGAUGUGUGAAGAUCUGUUCAAACGCACCAGUGAGAACGCCGACCCGGAGCUGUCCUACUCCGUAGAGGUGUCCUUUAUGGAGAUCUACUGUGAGCGAGUGCGAGAUCUGCUGAACCCCAAGAGUAAAGGUGCGCUGCGAGUCCGAGAGCAUCCCAUCAUGGGGCCGUACGUCGAGGACCUGUCCAAACUCGCUGUGACCUCCUACGAGGACAUCAGAGACCUCAUGGACUCGGGGAACAAGGCCCGGACGGUGGCAGCGACGAACAUGAAUGAGACGAGCAGUCGAUCACACGCCGUCUUCACUAUCGUCUUCACUCAGCGCCGCCGAGAUCAGCUGACCAGCCUCGACACUGAGAAGGUCAGUAAGGUGAGUCUGGUGGAUUUGGCGGGAAGCGAGCGGGCGGAUUCAUCCGGAGCCAAAGGCCUGAGAUUAAAGGAAGGCGCUAACAUUAAUAAAUCGCUCACUACUCUGGGGAAGGUCAUCUCCGCUCUGGCUGAAAUGCAAACCAGCAAAAGAAAGAAAAGUGAGUUCAUUCCGUACCGAGACUCAGUGCUCACCUGGAUCCUGAAGGAGAACCUGGGUGGUAAUUCUCGUACUGCUAUGAUCGCUGCUCUCAGUCCUGCAGAUAUUAACUAUGAGGAAACGCUCAGCACACUCAGAUAUGCUGACCGUGCAAAGCAGAUCCGCUGUAAUGCUGUAAUUAAUGAAGAUCCAAACGCUCGUCUGAUCCGAGAGCUGAAGGAGGAAGUGAACAGACUCAGAGACCUGCUGCUGUCACAAGGGCUGAGCCGACUGAUGGCCGCUCCAGCUGCUGAAGUCAAUAAUAACCGUGUUGGCGUCACUCUUAUGCCUGCUGAUCCCGCCUCUAAUGGAGCCCCGCCCACCUCUGCACCUGUCACAGGAGAAGGCCACGCCUCCGAGAGUGACCCCGCCCCACUGGAUGGUCACAGCCAAUUAGAAGAGUUUCAAGGCGAGAUGAUUACCAAUGAGGAAGCAGUAGAGAGACUGAAGGAAACAGAGAAGAUCAUCGCUGAGCUGAAUGAGACGUGGGAGGAGAAACUGAGGAAGACUGAGUCUAUACGACUGGAAAGGGAGUCGAUUCUGGCAGAGAUGGGUGUGUCCAUUAAGGAGGAUGGAGGAACUGUUGGAGUGUUUUCACCUAAAGGGACUCCUCAUCUGGUGAAUCUAAAUGAGGAUCCUCUGAUGUCCGAGUGUCUGCUGUACUACAUCAAAGAGGGUGUGACCAGGGUUGGUCAGAAGGAUGUGGACAUUAAGCUCAGCGGUCAGUUUAUUAAAGAGCAGCACUGUGUGUUUUACAGCUACAUCAACCACAACGGAGAAGUGGACGUGACUCUGGAGCCGCUGGAGGGAGCGGAGACGUACGUGAACGGCAAGCAGAUCAGCGAGUGUGUGCGGCUCAGACAGGGCAACCGCAUCGUGAUGGGCAAGAACCACGUGUUCCGAUUCAACCACCCGGAGCAGGCGCGUCUGGAGCGAGAGCGCAGCAGCUGUCUGGAGCAGCAGGGGGAGCCGGUGGACUGGAACUACGCUCAGAGAGAACUGCUGGAGAAGCAGGGCAUCGACAUCAAACUGGAGAUGGAGAGGAGGCUACAGGAUGUGGAGACUCAGUAUCGGCGCGAGAAAGAGGAAGCAGAUCUACUGCUGGAGCAACAGAGACUGUACGCAGAUUCAGACAGUGGCGAUGAUUCUGAUAAACGCUCAUGUGAAGAGAGCUGGAGACUCAUUUCCUCCCUGAGAGAGAAACUACCAGCUAACAAGGUUCAGUCCAUCGUGAAGCGCUGUGGUUUACCCAGCAGCGGCAAACGGCGCGAGCCGCUCCGCGUCUACCAGAUCCCGCAGCGCAGGAGGAUCAGCAAAGACCCCGAGCAGGUGACCAUGAGCGACCUGAAGCUGCAGGCGGUGAAGGAGAUCUGCUACGAGGUGGCGCUCGGAGACUUCAGACACUCGCGGCGCGAGAUGGAGGCGCUGGCCAUCGUGAAGAUGAAGGAGCUGAGCCGCAUGUACGGCAGACGGGACGCGGCGGAGAAGGACGCGUGGAGGGAGGUGGCGCAGGACGUGUGGGACACGGUGGGCAUUGGAGACGGGCGGCCGCAGGAGACGGACGCCUGCGCAGACGGAGAGAACGGAAGGAGCGGCGUGUACGACCUGAAAGCACACAUCGACAAACUGACGGACAUUUUACAAGAGGUCAAAGAGCAGAACAACAUGAAGGACGAGGAGAUCAAAGCCCUCCGAGACCGAAUGAUGAAGAUGGAGAGCAUCAUACCAGGAGUGCAGGACGAUGAUGAAUCAGAGGAUCUGAGCGCAGACGGCGAUCAGGGGCGGGGCGACGAGGAGGAUGGGCGUGGCUCUCUGGAGCUCCUCCCCAAAGAAGAGCGCGUGUCGCGGCUGAUGGAAGAAGACCCCGCCUUCCGGAGGGGCCGCCUGCGCUGGCUCAAACAGGAGCAGACACGCCUGCACAACCUGCAGCAGCAGCAGAUCACCAAGCGGCUGCGCAGAGGAGGCGGGGCUGUGGGUGGGGAGGGCGUGGUCCACCUUCCCGGAACGGGACGCUUCAUUCCCCCGCAGGACUGCAAGCUGAAAUUCCCCUUCAAGAGCAACCCACAGCACCGGCUCUCCUGGGGACCGAACAUGUCCGCCGCGGCAGACGAGGACCGAAGCCCCGUCCCCGUCCCCGUCCCCGGCAUGCCCUUACUCCCUCUACCGUUCCAAAUGCCGGUCGUCAUGCGCGCGCCCUCCCCCAGUCGGCCCUGGCAACCUCGCCACUACAGCAACGGUAACUAUGGAAACGGCAAUCACGUUCCCCAGCAACAGCACUGGCGCUACAGGCGAAACUCGCUGGACGGCUCCACCAUGCCUGGCAACCAGGGUUACUACAGCAACGGGCACCACCAACACAACAACGGCUCGCAGCAGACAGGUCGCGGUCGCUAUCGGCAACAGUCGCCGGGCCCUUGCGUACGUGGGGAGGGGGCGUACAUGCAAACGUACGUCAAUCAUCAGCGACCCGCUGCCCAGACCUACCAGACUCUACCGCACGCGUUCACUGAUCAACAGCACGGCAAACACCAAAAACCGCAGGGCUACGUCACCCCGCCGCGCAUGAGACGGCAGUACAGCGCCCCCGACCUGAAGAGCAAAGAAACGCCCGUCUGACGCCUGCGCGUUCGUUCUGUUCUUGUGAUGUCAUGAAAUACAAGCAGUGUUGUUUUGAUGGGUUAGUAGGUUAGUUAACAGUCUUGUGUCGUCAGACUAUCAGUAGAACGAGUUCAUUUUGCCCUAGUACCGCCCACUUCAGACAGGAAGAGAGCGUCAGGAACGCAACCGGAACCAUAACUAUAAUGAUAAAGUAUUAAUAAAAUCUGUUCCAAUUCUUCAAGAAUAGCAAAGUCCACAGCACAACUAUAAAAAUGACGACAUCACUUUGAGAAUGAUUUUUUCCCGAUAAAACAUUGACAGCCAAUCAGAAUCCAUCCUUAAGAACUCGAGCAUUUAAAGCAGCAGUCGACAAAACUUGUAAUAAUGAACAGAACAUUAUGGUGUGAACGCUGAUAUAUAUCGUUAUGGUUAUCAUUCAUCAGGUCUCGAGUUUUAUUCACACUGACUCUUGAUCAUCCAAUCAGAUUAGAGCUUGUGAUUUCUGGAAAGCUCUCGUGAUUUUAAGUGCAAUAUGCAUGUGUGGGCGGUCCGAGACUUGUUAACCCAAACUGACCCAAACUCUGGUAACGCACAGUCUCCACGUCACUACUCAGCUGUUCUUGGUGUCGUUCAGUAUCACGUACCUCUCAGAAAUGAUUCUGCCCCGGAUUGGUUGUGCAUCAGAUUUGCACUAGUUUUGGGUGUUUGUAUGUUCAGCCUCAAUGUGCCUUAAUGAGACGCCAAUAACCUCAGAGAUCACUGACAGAAACGCCGUGAGAGUGUGUGUGUGUGUGUGUGUGUGUGUGUGUCUGAGAUCUGAGAUGCAGCAGGAGGAACUUCUGAUUCAUGGUUCUUUUGAACCGGUUCUUGUUAAUGAUUCAUCUGACUGAUUCACACCAGAACACCUAGAAAGAACACUCUGGAUUCAGUAUGUGUUCAUAUAGAUGCUGUUCAUCACCAGCUUGAAUCAUUUUAACUCACACUACAGUUUUUCAUUUAUUUUAUAUUUUCAAUUUAUGUUUUUUUAAAGCCAAACUUUAGUGGAAUAAACUGAGCCAGAUGAUAAUUGUUAAACAACACAAGACUUCAUCACAUCACACUCGUCCACCUGCAGCAGUAGAUCCACCUCAUUUAGACACUUUACAGCUCAAAUGAUGAAUUUAUUUGAACAUGUUCAUUUACCAGAAAUUAUUAAACUGAAAAACAAAUAAAUCACAGAAUGACUCAAAUCAAGAACCGGUUUAUUGAAACGAACCAGCCUAACAAACUGAUUCACUGAAUUGAUUCAGAUUAGUGGAGAGAAAUGAGAAGAGCAGCAGUGAGGAAAGCAAUAGUGUGUAGGGCUGGAAUGAGUUUACACUGAUGAUUGACAGCUGUCAAUCACUGAUAAUGAUGAUGAUGAUAAAGAAAGUGAUGUUUAGAGUUCAAAGGUCAAUGAAAUGGACAUGUGGAGUGAAGAUGCAAGUCGUGUGAGUUUUAGAGUUGAUGUUUUUCAGGAUUUCUGUGGAUUAUUUUUAAAGUUGCGAGUGAACAUGCUGAUGACGGACUCAAUCAGAUGGCAGAAAUAUUUUUUGCUAUUUAUUUGGAUUAUGAUUCCUGUGCCUUUGUGCCACAGACAGUCGUUUGAUCAGGUUUGACAAUAUUUUGAGUGGCAAAUCUGAAUCAGUCCCGCUUGCAUGAGGCUGCAGUGGCGCAUCAUGCUGGAUGCUCACUGCAGGUUCCCACUGGAGAUUUCCAAUAGAGAUUUUCAGUGGAGAUUCCCUCUGGAGAUUUUCAGUGGAGAUUCCCUCUGGAGAUUCCCACUGGAGAUUCCCACUGAAGAUUCUCUCUGGAGAUUCCCUCUGGAGAUUCCCACUGGAGAUUCCCUCUGGAGAUUCCAUCUGGAGAUUCCCUCUGGAGAUUCCCACUGGAUAUUCUCUCUGGAGAUUCCAUCUGGAGAUUCCCUCUGGAGAUUCCCACUGAAGAUUCUCUCUGGAGAUUCCCUCUGGAGAUUCCCACUGGAGAUUCCCUCUGGAGAUUCCCACUGGAUAUUCUCUCUGGAGAUUCCCACUGGAGAUUCCCUCUGGAGAUUCCAUCUGGAGAUUCCCUCUGGAGAUUCCCACUGGAUAUUCUCUCUGGAGAUUCCCUCUGGAGAUUCCCACUGAAGAUUCUCUCUGGAGAUUCCCUCUGGAGAUUCCAUCUGGAGAUUCCCUCUGGAGAUUCCCACUGAAGAUUCUCUCUGGAGAUUACCUCUGGAGAUUACCUCUGGAGAUUCCCACUGAAGAUUCUCUCUGGAGAUUCCCUCUGGAGAUUCCCACUGGAGAUUCCCUCUGGAGAUUUCCUCUGGAGAUCCCCACUGGAGAUUCCCUCUGGAGAUUCCCACUGGAGAUUCCCUCUGGAAAUUUCCUCUGGAGAUUUCCUCUGGAGAUUUCCUCUGGAGAUUCCCACUGGAUAUUCUCUCUGGAGAUUUCCUCUGGAGAUUCCCACUUGAGAUUCCCUCUGGAGAUUCCCACUGAAGAUUCUCUCUGGAGAUUUCCUCUGGAGAUUCCCACUGGAUAUUCUCUCUGGAGAUUCCCUCUGGAGAUUCCCACUUAAGAUUCUCUCUGGAGAUUUCCUCUGAAGAUUCCCUCUGGAGAUUCCCACUAGAGAUUCCCUCUGGAGAUUUCCUCUGAAGAUUCUCUCUGGAGAUUCCCACUGAAGAUUCUCUCUGGAGAUUCCCACUGGAGAUUCCCUCUAGAGAUUUCCUCUGAAUAUUCUCUCUGGACAUUUACUCUGGAGAUUCUCUCUGGAGAUUUACUCUGGAGAUUCCCACUGGAGAUUCCCUCUGGAGAUUCCCACUGGAGAUUCCCUCUGGAGAUUCCCACUGGAGAUUCCCUCUGGAGAUUUCCUCUGGAGAUUCUCUCUGGAGAUUUACUCUGGAGAUUCCCACUGGAGAUUCCCACUGGAGAUUCCCUCUGGAGAUUUCCUCUGGAGAUUCUCUCUGGAGAUCCCCCUAGAGAUUCCCACUUUAGAUUCCCACUGGAAAUUCUCACUUGAGAUUCCCACUGAAGAGUCUUACUGGAGAUUCCCAGUGGAUAAUUCCUCUUUAUAUUGCCACUUAAGAUUUUCAUUGCAGAUUCCCACUGGAUAUUCCCACUUCAGAUUACCACUGGAUAUUCCCACUUCAGAUUACCACUGGAGAUUCCUAUUUGAGAUACUCACUGGUGAUUUCCACUCACUGGAGAUUCCCACUGUAUCCCAUCAGACAGAGCAAACGAGACGCGGGGUUCUUGUGUUCAGUGAUGUCAUGUUAACUGUGUCGCAGGUGGGCGGGGUUAUGCGAGAUUACCUUUAGACAUGACAUCACUCAAGUAGCACAGGAGCAUUACUGACCGUGACCUUUAACACUUCAGGACAAUCUUCCGACUGUGCCGUGUGUGUUUUGAUGAUGAUGAUGAUGUCUCUUAUUUACCCUCGCAGACUGUUUCCUGCCGUAAUAUGAUGCUUGUUUAGUUUCAUCAUGCCCUCUUUGGUUUGAUUAUGAUUUAAUUGAUUAAUGUGUGUUUGUGCCGUCACGUAUGUUUAUGGAGGAAAUCCGCUGAGUUCAUUUGCACAAACACACACAUGCAUUCUUCACUUGCGUGUGUUUUGUUUUUGUUUUUUUUGUUUUUUUGAGGUUGACGUUCUGUUUCCGACAUGAUGAACCUCACAUGUGUCAUUGGACACAAGCUGCCGCUUCUGUUUCUGCUCUUCUGUUGCUCUUUUAUUCUGGAUUUUGAGUUACUUUUUGAGUUUUAAAAAUGUCUGUUUAAAAACUGCAAAAUGUCAUUAAAGGAAAAUGUAUAAAAACAA